UUUAACAUUUUUACUUUAUAAUAUACCAUCUGAUUCAUUUUAAUCAAAUUUAAUUUUCUUUGACAUAACCUUUAUUUGCCUUCUUCAUAAAUCCUAUUAUAUUAGCGAUCUGAUGAAAGGGCCCGAAUGAGAUUAGCGUAUCUCCGAACCCACAAAUAUUUAAUAAAGUUCCCGGCUUUACGGCGUCACUCGCGCGUUACGUUAUCGAUAGUUGCAUUGCUCGACUAACGCACUACCACAUUUUAUAUUCUUGCAUUCAUACAUUCAGCUGACACUUCACACAGUAGCGUCACAAGCACACGCGCGCGCGUCGCACGUAAAAACCAUAGGAAACAACUGAAAGCAGAUAAUUGUCACUGGGAAACGAGGAAACACGUUCGGUACAACAACUGUUUUCAUGAUCGGGCCAGUGAACUCCCCUCAUUUAUUGCACCUAAUUAUAAAUAAUAAGCGAGGUGUUCCCUCGUCGAAUGUUCAGAGUCAACACAGUGACCUACAAUAUUACAGUAUUUAAUGAAUUAAUAGAAAAUUUGAAUUAUUAUAAUGUAUGUAUAAGGAAUUUCGAUCAUCUUCGUGGAGCCGAUAAGGAACGUUCCAAAGUGAUCAGGAUUAUUGGACCACACGAAUCAUGUUUCGGGUUUACAUCCGGUGAUACUCAGACCAAAGACGAUACGUGAUUUUGGGCCGUGGGACCACGCUGAUUUCGAGGAAGGAAUUUGUUAUACUAACAAUCGGAAUUAUGUCUGAAACUGCAAAAUCAAGUGGAUAAAAUCAGAAUGGCGAGCUACUUUGAAAUUCUACUCUCUAUCGCAGUGAUACUUAUUGCAUUCUACUAUUAUGCUGUAUCAAACUUUGAUUUUUGGAAAAAACGUGGCGUAGUUGGUCCAACGCCGAUACCAUUCUUUGGAAACACUAAGGAUUUAAUGUUUGCUAACAUAUCCAUAAGUCAUUAUGUACAUACCACGUACGAUCAAUAUAAAAAUGAACCAAUGAUCGGGUUUUAUUUAAUGAAGAAACCAAGUCUUAUAUUGAAUGAUCCAGAGCUUAUCAAACACGUUCUCAUUAGAGAUUUCUCAAACUUUGCAGAUCGAGGAGCUCGUGUUCAUGAGAAGACAGAGCCACUCUCACCACAUCUCUUCAACUUAGAAGCAGAAAGAUGGCGACCAUUGAGAAUGAGGCUCUCCCCCAUAUUUACAUCUGGAAAAUUGAAGAAAAUGUUCUAUCUCAUAAUCGAAUGUUCGCAACAUUUGGAAAAAUAUUUGGCUAAAGAAGUUGAAAAAGGAGUGCCUCUGGAAUGUCGAGAAUUAGCAGCAAGAUUCACGACUGAUGUGAUUGGUAGUUGUGCUUUUGGAAUUGAAAUGAAUGCACUAGCAGACGAGAGAAGCGAAUUCCGUCAAAUGGGUAAAGACUUCUUCGAUACAUCGUCUUUCCAAAACGUCUUUCGAAUCAAAAUGAGACAAUUCUUCCCUAAACUGUACGAUUUGCUUGCUUAUAUAAUAUGCGAAACAAGAUUAUCCUCAUUCUUCACCAAAGUUGUUACGGACAUCAUAAAAUACAGACAAGAGAAUGAUAUCGUUAGACCAGAUUUCAUAAACAUGCUUAUGGAUCUUAAGGCGCAUCCAGAGAAACUGAACAAUAUCGAAUUGACGGACUCUUUACUCAUUGCACAAGUUUUCGGGUUGUUCGCCGGGGGUUUCGAAACCUCAUCGACAACGAUUAGCAGUACUCUUUAUGAAUUAGCCGUAAAUCAAGAGAUACAAAAUAAACUACGAGAAGAAAUAAUGGAGUACUGCUCUAAAGACAAAGGAGAGUUGGAAUUCGAGACUGUAAUGGAAAUGGAAUAUUUAGAUAAAGUAUUCAAAGAAUCAUUAAGAAAGUACCCAUCUGGAUCAUUACUAAUUCGAAAUGCAAUGUCAAAUUAUACUUUUGAUGGCACUAAAAUUUCAAUACCAAAGGGUACAACAAUCUUUAUCCCAGUGUUUGCCUUGCAACGGAAUUCUGAUAUUUAUCCAAAUCCUAAUUCUUUCGAUCCGGAAAGGUUCAAUGAAGACGCUGUUGCAGCUCGACAUCCUAUGCACUAUUUACCAUUCGGUGAUGGACCAAGAAAUUGCAUGGGUGUACGUUUCGCAAUUUAUCAAACCAAAAUUGGCCUUAUCACAAUUCUACGGAAUUACAAAGUGGACGUUUGCGAAAAGACAAUGAUUCCUUACGAAAUUAAUCCAGCUUCGCUUUUUUUAGCCCCAAAAGAAGGGAUAUAUUUGAAAUUCACAAAACUACAAAGGAAAUGCAACUUAUUUGACAUACAUUAAAUUGAAAAUAUUUUUUUUAAGUCAUUACACAUUAUGUAUGUAAGAAACAAUACAGAAUGAAUGUA